AUCAACCGACUGGAUCCCGAAAUUAGACUGGUACUAGAGAAACAUGAAAGUUAAACGUAAAAGUUCAGAAGAUGCUGAGACAGAUUCAUUCCAGUAUAUACCUCCGUCGGUGGCUAAGGCUGACAAACUGAAAGAAUUAGACUCAGUACCAGAAGGACUUGAACCUGGGACUUACGAACCUCCGCCCGAUUUUGAUAAUAUUUCCGAAGAGCAAAAGACUCAUAAACCUUUCGACCUUCAGUUUGCUCGAGAAUCAUGGGGACAAAUCAAAGAAGAUCCAUAUGGACCAAGUCAAUCAAUGGUUUGGGAGCAGAUAAAAACAAAUCCACUGGUACCAAUAGGUUUUUCAGGAAUGGUGUUUUCAUUUGUUUAUGGAAUGUAUCAGAACAAUGUGGGGAAUGCUGAAAUGGCCAAUAAAAUGAUGAGGUACAGAGUAUAUGCGUCUGCAUUUACAAUGGCUGCCUUAUUUGGUGGUACCUAUUAUCAGUUUCUUAAGUUUAAAUGGAAGAAAGCAGAAUUUGAGAGAAUAUAUGAGAAGAACUUGGAACUAAAUCAACAAAAACAUAUCAAUAAUUCUUAAUAAAACAUUGUGACACUCACAGACUACAGACAGAUGAUUGUAUUAUUCCAACUUUUAUUGCAUGAAACUUAGCUUGCUGAAGGUGGAACAUAUUAAAAGCAAAAGAAUGCCAGGGUCUGCAGGAGAAGGUUUUAGUACAGUCUGACAGUGCCUCAAUAAAAAAAGGGGAUACUGUAACCAGAAUAUCAAAUAUUACUGCACAAUACAACAGACCAUAUCAAUCCCAAACACUCAGUGGCAGCUCCUCUGAAAAAAACACUAGACAUUCAAACAACACGUACAUGGUCCACAUGGGCGGAUCAAGUCAUUCAAGAAAGGGGAGUUCCAACUACAUGUCCCCAUUCAAAUACAUUGAUCGUCAAAAAAAAGGGGGUUCCAACCCUGGAACUCCCCCUGGAUCCAUAACUGGUCCAGAUAUUCUGACUUGGUAUAGGUACAAAAUGCAGCAAAUCCCACUUAUAAACCUAUUUUUUAAUUUUCGACCCAAUGCAACAUGAAAAAUAGACUUUUGUAAAACUAUACAACACUAGCUGUCUUUUCCAACUACAGAUUAGAGAUUAUAUCUUAUUUCCAUGUGACUUACAUGUUGUAAAUUCUAAUAGAGUGUCAGGUACAAAAAAUGUAGUUAUUUGUUGCUUUUUAUUUGAAAUGGACAAAACAGAGAAUUAAGUUCUGGUUGUAGUAAAGGUGUGAUGAUCAAUGUUGCAUAAGGUUGAAUAUUAUUUGAUGCGUCUCUUCAUAUGUAUUUAAGAUUGAAAUGUUCAAAAGUAUUAUCAGUUAUUUAUAGUGCUCUAUUCAUCCUUUUCAUAUGCAAUAAAUUAUUUGACAUUUCCAUUAAAUGUUUGUUAAUUUGUAUCAUUCUAAUAUAAUGACAUUGUUAUAUUAUAUUUUCAUGAUUUUAAAUGGAUGGAUUAUUAAUAAAAUAUGUAAUCUUUUCG